GCACAUGUGCCAGGCUUCCCUCUGCGUGGUUGUCCGUCUGCCCGCUAUUCCGUCUGUGAGUCCGACUGCAGUGAUUAUUUCCCCAUAAGCGUCCACUCACCAAGCCCUCGGCCAUGCCUCCCUUCCUUACCUCCCUCUUCCUGACACUGAUCCAGCUCGCAGUCCUUACGUAUGUGAGCGCUGGGGCAUACUACGGACACAAGCAACGCCCUCAACCAUACCAGCCAAUGCAGCACAUCCAACACAUGGGCAUGGGCAAAGAAGGCUUUCCUCAGCAACAGUAUCUUGGCAAAGAGUUGCCCUACAUGCAGUAUCCCCAUUACAGGAAGGAGCUACCCCAGAUGCCAAUGCACAAGGGCAAAGAAAUUCCUCGUAAGGGAGUCAACUAUAACGGCGGCCAAGAAAAGGGUCAGACAGUCCCGAGCGGUGCUGAGGGAAUUCCCCAAGGAGAGCAAGGCCCAGCAGGACCACCUGGACCAGAGGGACCACAAGGACCUCCAGGGCCACCAGGGAAUGGACAGCCAGGACCAGCAGGACGACCUGGACCUCCUGGUCCACCAGGAAUUCCUGGAGUGGGAAAGCCAGGUUUGCCAGGACUACCAGGCAAGCCAGGAGGGAAUGGUGAAGCUGGGCCUCAAGGAGAAAUGGGUCCCAGGGGUGAAGAUGGGCCAGCUGGUCAGCCAGGGCCUCAGGGUCCACCAGGACCACCUGGCCUCCCCGGAAUAGGUAAACCAGGGGUGCAAGGACUACCAGGCCAACCAGGGCCUAAAGGAGAACCAGGUCACAAAGGUCUGCCAGGACUACCAGGAUUACAGGGACCCAAAGGAGACAAAGGGAUGGGGCAGCCAGGAGCACCUGGUCACAAAGGGCUCCCAGGGCCCCCUGGACCUGCUGGCCCAAGAGGGCUACCUGGUUUUGGAAAACCUGGGUUGAAUGGGGCACCUGGUCCACAAGGACCACCAGGAGAGAAAGGACAUCCUGGAGAGCCAGGACCAGCUGGACCACCUGGUGACGGAGGACAGCCUGGCCCACCAGGUCAACCUGGUCCAGGAAAGCCAGGUCAAAAUGGCCUGCCAGGCCAGCCAGGGAUGCCAGGUGCAAAAGGUCAUCCAGGACCACCAGGUUUGCCAGGAAAGCCAGGACUUCCUGGAUUUGGUAAACCAGGACUUCCUGGACCAAAGGGUGAUAAAGGUAUGGGUGGAACACCUGGAUCUCCAGGACCUAAAGGAGAUAAGGGUCAUGGAGGACUACCAGGUAUGCUUGGGCCCCCUGGACCAAAUGGUCCACCCGGUCCUGCAGGCCCUAUGGGACCCCCUGGAGGUAUCGGUGUGCCUGGUCCUAAAGGAGAAUGUGGAGACGGAGGACCUAAAGGGCUUGAUGGAAGUCAGGGUGAGCCGGGUCUUCCAGGAAUACCUGGUAAGGAUGGUCUGCCAGGAGAUCGUGGAGAGCCAGGGCCAAGAGGUCCCCCAGGACCAAGUGGUGGCAAAGGAAGCGAUGGGCAUAAAGGUCUACCUGGGAAUUCUGGUCCUCCAGGACUUCCUGGUCCAAAAGGACAAGGUGGGUUACCUGGUGAAAUGGGACCUCAAGGCCCUAAAGGAAUUCCAGGCAUGGAUGGUGCAGCAGGACCAAUAGGGCCCACUGGCCUUCCUGGGCCAAAAGGAGAUAGUGGUCCUCCUGGUCCAUCAGGCAUUGCAGGUGAGGGGAGUCCAGGACUACCUGGUCCCAUAGGACCCCGAGGAAAAGAAGGCCCAUCAGGACCUGCAGGACAACCAGGUCAGCCUGGUCCACCUGGACCACCAGGCCCACCCGGACCGCUUGGUCUAUCUCCUGAAAUGGCAGGAGUGCUCUCUGAGAUGGGCCCAGGACUAGAUGGCGUUAAGGCUGGAAGUUAUGGUAAGAAGGGCAAGUAUGGAGGCAAUGGAGCUGAAGUAAUGGGUCCUAGUGGGAUGGAAAUGCCAGCAUUCACUGCAGUAGCAACAACUCCUUUUCCACCCGUGGGCACUCCAGUCGUCUUUGACAAGAUCUUGUACAAUGGUCGACAAAACUACAACCCUCAGACAGGAAUUUUCACCUGUGACAUACCUGGCAUUUAUUACUUUGCCUACCACGUUCAUUGCAAAGGAGCUAAUGUGUGGGUGGCUUUGAUGAGAAACGAUGAGCCGGUGAUGUAUACAUAUGAUGAAUACAAAAAGGCUUUCCUAGACCAAGCAUCAGGGAGUGCAGUAUUACCUCUACAACCUGGGGACACUGUGCACGUUCAGCUGCCCUCAGAUCAGGCUUCAGGACUUUAUGCUGGGCAGUAUGUGCAUUCCUCCUUUUCUGGGUUCUUGUUAUAUCCGAUGUAAAACCACAAACUGCAGGGAGAGAGGCUUCAGUGAGAAUGAAGUGGGAGCUUAUUUUUUUAUCAAAUAAAACAUGAUCAUAAAAUACCUUAGACUGAGCAUUCUUUUAAUGUAAAGUCGGCAAACUGUUGAUCUCAUCAACAGAGAUGAUAAGACAAAUUAAAAUAUUUCAAGAAAAACAUGUAGCUUGAUGGCCUGUAUAUACAGCAGUUUUUAUACUAUAAAGCCAGUGUCAUUUUAAUUGGGCAAUUGGGUAAUGGCAUACAAAACACCUCAAAUGGCUCCAGAUGUGUUUUCAUACACAAAAGUGCCAGAAACUACUAAGAGAGCAUUUUUUUUAUCAGGUGUAAACACAUAAAGGGAACAAGUGUAUGUAAAAGAGGAUAAAACUGUUUGUAAGGUGGUAAUCAUGCUGUUGCAACAGUGUCAAAUUUAGUCUCUGCAUGUCUUCAAAAUUGGCAGCUACCCCAUGUGGCAAAUAAUGUGAGAGACAGUAGAAAACACGGAGACAGUAACCAUUGAUUUUGGUAGAAAUGUAUAUUUCUGCAUGCAUAUCUUUGUAUAGAAACAUUUUUUGUUUCCCACAUAACAGCAAGCAUAGAGUACGACAUGUUGAGAAAGACAAUGCAGAUUGUUGCAAGGUUUGCAUUACAGCAUGGUUGGUGUUUUAAAAGGUAAAGAUAUGUUUGGUUGAGUAGCCUGAAAAAGUCUGAGUUUUAGGAAAAGAUUAUUCUCACUGUAAUUUUUAAUGGACAAAUGUCUAAAGCUGCCCUGUAGAGUUCCAAAAAAAAAAAAGUAUGUACAAAAUACAGUAUGAGAGUGAAAAAAAUAGCUUUCAUUUACACAUAGGGUCAGAAAUAAAGACGUGUGUGAAGGAGUUGUGUAUAUCAGGGACACCUGCUGUUGGCGGGUGAUUAUUAAUGGAAAUGUACUCUCCUGUAGACGAAUGCAAAUCGUAGGUGGUCAAAGUGUAACUAUUAAAAACCUCAGAGAGUAUUUUGCUGACUGACAACUGCUUUCGAGACUGAAAGAGUAAGAAUGUGAUAAUAAUUUUAUGUGUUAAUGUUUGCAGAUAGGCUUGUGGGUGUAGUGCUGUAAAUAAACCAUCUUGUUCAAAAACAGAGACUUCAAAAUAAAACACAUGCAUGCUCUGAAUUAAGAAAACCACUCCAUGCACUGCGUUAAAUUAUACAGGUACAGAUGACACAUACCUUGCACGUGAACACACACUUGUAUAAGAGUACAAAACCAUGUGUUUCAGUCAGUCCUGCAGUUACAAAACAAAUCUCUCUUUUUGAACAAUUCAUUUGACUGCUUUCAUUUCAAUUCAAAAUCAUGUUAGAAAUAAAUUGUUACCUGUUAUGCUUUUUAUUUACUGCUUUAAUUUAAAAUCCUAUAACUGCUUUGUAAUAAAUAAUUACAAAUUCCAUCAUACAUAAUCUGUUUUAGCUGUAAUGGCAGCAUAUUUAUAUAGAAGUCGUCACAGAUGGAAAGCAAAUUAUGGCUUGCUGUCUUUAAGUGGAAAUCUUUAACAGCAGGAUUUGUUUAGAAGUGAAAUAACCAAAUCAAAUUCCAACAUUGAGCUGUAUUACAAUUAACAGACUGGAAGCAAGUACUGAAGUUUGCAGCAGUUUAACAACAAUUCUCGCAGUAAUUUAUUCUUUUUAAAGCUUCUCGCAAUGAAGACGCCACAGUGCGUGAAACCCUUUGAGGAAAAGUAACUAUGGUGCUGAGGAUGUCAUUGUAACCAAAUAUCCAGUGUAAUAAUAGUAAUGUUUAAAGUUUGUUA